AAGAGCUGUCAGAUGACACUUGCUCACAUGAGACCAUUAAGAGGGUGUUGCCUGUUUUAAAACAAGUUUGCAACUGAAGAGUCAGAGAGAAAGCAGCUACCUCUCUGUUGAAGGCCAUCUGGUUAGGUCUUGUGAUCAAAUAAUUGCUAGUUACAGAGAAAUACCGGGAAGCAUGACUAUCAGAGUUCUUCUUUGCUAGCAACAAAACUGGCAGCAUUUAUAAGAACAAGCAAGUUAUUCUAUGUUUUUAAAGAAGUUAUUGGUUAUAAGUUUUAACUAUAAAUGGUUAAAUUUUAUCUAAGAAGUAAUACUGAUUGCAGAGAAUAUUCAGUUGUGAUUUUUUUUUUCUUAAAAAGGCCAAGUCAGUGCUAGCCAAUGUUUGUGUGGCGUUCCUCUCAUCAGUAGGUUAUUACACAGUAAUUUCUCUGGAUAUUUAACUAUAAAAUGAUUAUUUUGAAGAAAUCGUGCCCAUGACAGCAUGUCUGUGAACUGAAAAUGUGUGGAGGUAAAUCAAAAUCAUCUAACAGCACAGAUAACCAGGCACAGAGCUCAAGUCAUUUUUCUCCGACUUCACUAGUGAAUAGCUUUUCAAAACCAAGAGCGGAUGAGGCAAAGAAAUCAGUUGUGACAGAAAAGGGUUCCAAAUAUUCAAAGAGUCUUACCGGAGUACUAUCCAAAAGCUGGUCCUGUUCUGGGUUUGAUCUAAAUGAAAUCCGCUUGAUAGUGUACCAAGACUGUGAAAGACGGGGAAGACAAGUCUUGUUCGAUUCUACAGCUGUCCGAAAGACUGAUGAGAAACAGUUUCAGGAUGCUUCUGGAAAAACAGGUGGCGGAUGCUGCCAAAGAAAUAGUGGUAUUAACGCAGCUUACCCCCAUAGCCCUUCUGUGAACAGCAGAGAAUCUGGCCAGGAAGAUAUUCCUAAAUAUGAGUAUGCCAGGCCUGCUUCAGAUGUCAACAUGCUGGGUGAGAUGAUGUUUGGUUCAGUAGCAAUGAGUUACAAAGGCUCAACACUGAAAAUUCACUACAUACGUUCUCCUCCACAACUUAUGAUGAGUAAAGUGUUUUCUGCUAGAGUAGGCAGCUUCUUUGGAAGUACAAAUAGCUUGCAAGGUAGUUUUGAAUACAUCAAUCAAGAUCAGUCAAGGCUGAAUUUGCAUCCAAAUGGCUUGGGCCAAUAUCAGAAUGGAAGUAUUUUAGGUGUGUUACCGCCAGGUAGCAACAUGUUGCUGUAUAGUAUACCUGAAGGAGGGCCUUUCUGGCUCAUCCGGAGUGCUUCUUUCUUUGCAGCACACAGCACUCCUGUUGACAUGCCCAGUAGAGGUCAAAAUGAAGACGGAGAUAGUGGCAUUGCUCGAUCAGCAUCCCUGAGUAGUCUUUUGAUGACUCCAUUACCAUCUCCCAGCUCCUCUUCUAGUUACCAGCGCCGCUGGCUUCGAAGUCAAACCACAAGUUUGGAAAAUGGCAUUACACCUAGAAGGUCAAUUGAAGAAACAUUCAGCAUGGCAGAUGAAAGUUGUGGCCUCAAUCCUGCACUGAUUCGAAGGAAGAAAAUUGCCAUCAGCAUCAUUUUCACCCUUCCUGAGAAAGAAGAGGCCCAGAGAAAUUUCCAGGAUUUCUUCUUCUCUCAUUUCCCCUUGUUUGAAUCACAUAUGGGCAAGCUUAAAAGUGCAACUGAAAUGGCUAUGAUCACAUGUAGAAAAAUAGCAGAAACAAACCAAAGAGUGCAAGUUUACAUUAGCCGUAUUAUGGAUGCACUGGAUGAAUUUAGAACUACAAUACGGAAUUUAUACACAGUUCCAAGGAUUGCAGAACCUGUGUGGCUUACUAUUAUGUCCUGUGCUUCAGAAAAGAAUCUGUUAUGCCAACACUUUCUCAAGGAAUUUGCUGUUUUGAUAGAACAGAGCAGCAAAAACCAGUUUUUUGCUGCUCUAUUAACAGCAGUGUUAACUUAUCACUUGGCCUGGGUCCCUACUGUGAUGCCAGUUGAUCAUCUCUCCAUCAGGGUUUUCUCUGAGAAACAUGCCUCACCAUCUGUGAACAUGCUGGCAAAAUCACAUCCCUACAAUCCACUUUGGGCACAGCUUGGUGAUUUAUAUGGUGCUGUAGGUUCACCAGUCAGAAUGACAAGGACAGUAAUUGUUGGAAAACGUAAGGAUUUUGUUCAGCGCAUUCUGUAUGUUCUUACAUAUUUCUUACGGUGCUCUGAGUUGCAAGAGAAUCAUCUCAUCUGGAAUAGGCAACUUGACAAAGGAGAGCAAGCUGUGAGUGGCAGGAAAAUUAUAACAACUCUAGAAAAAGGAGAAGUUGAAGAAUCUGAUUAUGUGGUUGUCACAGUUCAAAACGAACCUGCUCUUGUACCUCCUGCCCUGCCUCGAAAGAAUGAUGCUGCUGCUGUUGUUGCUGCGGAACAUGAAUGCUGCUUUGAAUCUGGCUGCUUCAAGGGCAAGCAUGAGAGGCUGAAUGCUGAGGGCAGUUCUGAAGCAUCCCCACACUUCUCCAAAGUUAGCUCUCCAAAAGGAAUUUUAGGAGAAAUUAAGAAAGGGAAAAGUUUAGUUAAUUCAGAAACUACAUGUGGAAGGCAUGGUAUAUUAGAGAAUUUAACCGCAAGAAUGAAUGAGGACAAGCAGCACAGUGUAACAGGGCAGUUGUUUCAAAACUUGACAGCUGUUCCACAUUCUAAGAAGAUUGCCCAGGCGUAUUCUCAACUGGAAAAGGUUACCUUUCAGAUUGGAAGCUCCACCUCACCAGAAUCUGAUUCCGAAACCCAAAGAAUGGAAGUAAACAAAACUUUGGAGAAACGCAGAAGUAAAACUAAAUCUCUAUGUGCUCUAUCAAGCCCAUUACAUAUAACAUCCAGGGCCCCACAAGAGAAAUCUGACUUACGUCUUAAAACCUGCACUAGCCAGAAAGUUAGGGAAUCAGAAAUGCCAAGGGCACCUUGGCUGCUACCAGUUCCACAGUCUGUCAUUCUUGAUAGAGAAGUCAGAAUGGUAAACCUGGGAAAACUAGAUCAAGUUUAUAGUAGAAGCUGUGAAAACUUUGAGAGAAAUUCUCUUGACUGUGAUUCAGGAAGUUCUACUGAUGUACAGAGGUCUGGCCGAGCAGUUACUAAGAACAUCCCCUGUGGGGAGGUUGAAAGCAAACUCCAUUGUAAAAUGGAGGAGAACAUUCCUAGAAACGAAAGUUCUGAUAGCGCUCUUGGGGACAGUGAUGAUGAAGGUUGCACGUACAUUCCAGAUGAGCAGUCAGUCACUGUUAACUGUAGACCUGAAGAAUUUUUAGAAGUGGAACUUGCUUUGCCAAGAUUUUGCACAGUUAGCUCUCAAAGCAUGAUACAUUUUGGAAGGUCACUUCUUGGGGGCUAUUGUACCUCUUUUAUGCCUGAUCUUGUGCUGCAUGGAAUAAGUUCUGAUGAACAACUUAAGCAACAUUUAUCCACUGAGUUGAGUCACACCAUAAAUCAUCCUGUACUAGAUGAAUCUAUAGCAGAAGCUGUUUACAUUAUAGCAGAUACUGAUAAAUGGACAGUUCAGAUGGCUACUAGCCAGAAAAAGAUGACUGACAACGUAAAACUAGGCAAAGAUGUUCUCGUCUCCAGCCUAGUAUCAUCUUUAUUGCAGUCUGUUUUACAACUUUACAAGCUUAAUCUUUCUGCUGACUUUUGUAUAAUGCACCUUGAGGAUCGCCUACAGGAAAUGUACCAUAAAAGCACAAUGCUAUCUAAAUAUUUGCGAGGACAAACAAGAGUUCAUGUGAAAGAGCUUGGUGUGGUAUUGGGGAUUGAAUCCAAUGACUUGCCACUGCUGGCUGCUAUAGCAAGUACUCAUUCACCAUAUGUAGCUCAAAUACUCCUUUAAACUGCAGAUAAACUCUGUCCUCUGAAUAAUAGAUACAACAGAAGAGAGUUUAUGACAGCAGUUCAUUACGUCUCAUUUGGUUUCCUGCCUUUUAUAUGGAUAUUUAUCAGUGGAUUUUUAGUUUACAUGAUAUAAAAGGUAUUCAGAGUUUUUAUAUUGUUUAUGCAUCCUUGUAUUUUAAUGAAUGAAAGGAUUAAACAUUAAUGAUGGAUACAUUGUUUAUGUAUAGCAGCCAACUAAACAGAUUAUCAAAAAUACAAUUUCCUUCUUUUGCAUUUGUCAUAUUUUUCUGAAUUUCUUCAAUAAGGGGUUCUAAGCAAAUAGUUUAAACAUAUACUUUCCUUUGUCUAUAUAAACAAGACAAUAAACCAAUAUAUCUGUCUGGACAGAACUGCUUCUCUUCAGAAGAAGGGUUCAGAAUUCAGCUACUAGGUAACAACUUGAUUAGGUGGCUAGUUCUUCAAAUGGGCAAAGAAAGUCAAAAGUUUUAUUCAAAAAAGAAGAAGAAUAGGAGGAAGAAGAAGAAGAAAUAAUUUUGUGUUAUCAGUAGAUAAAAGUGGGGGGAAAUUGGCGUACGCCUGCUUCAAAUUUAGCUUAUUGCAAAUGCUACCUCUUGAAAGCCUCAUCUUCAAUUCUAAUUUCUGGGACAUGUGAAAAAGUAGACAAAAUGUGGAAAUUUAUCCUGUGCUACCAGCAAAAAUGAAAGUGUAGAAACAAUAUAGUUAUAAACCUGCAUAAACUCUGGAUAGUUUAUUUUGAAUGAUAAUUAUAUCAUUGCCCUGAUAAUUCUAGCUAAACUCUAUAAACAGUAUUCACCUUUAAAGUAAAUGAUUGAAAUGUUCAGAAGAAAUUACAGAGUGGUUAUGUGGGAAGAGAGGUAAAUAUAAUAACAAUCACUCAGUAAUUAAUUAGGAUAACUACAGAUACAUGAACAAUCCUACAGAAUGUUUUAUACUAACUUUUCAGUGCCUUGAAUCUAGAAGAAUUUAUGAGACCAGGCAUAUGAUAUUCAUCCCUAUUCGUCUAAAGUAAUACAUGCAUCUCUAUGCCUGUACAUCAUUGUUUUGAAAUAGAGGGUUUUACUUGGCUUGGGGAUAAGAACCCUGUAGCCUUUCCAUUGUUGUAUCCACUAUCAAUAUUGCCCCUAGUGAAGGAUGCUGAAAGUUGUAAUUCAGCUAUAUGGGAACUAUUAUCUUCCUAUCCCUGUUUUAAGGCAUAAGGUUCAGUAUAGAAGCUGUAACGUUUAUCGAGUACUUUGAAUUAUCAUGACAAGUUAGAAGGGAGUCUUUUAAGAAGGCUCCCAAAUGGUUCAGUGAUGAGAUUAUUUUAUUCUUAUUCUUCUAAUAACAUUUCUGUAUUGGACUGAGCAAUACUACAUAAAGGUAUAAAGUGCUGACAACAUAAGUAGUGCUGGUAAUUUUUGAUGCAAAGUUUAUCCAUGCAAUGACUUAAUAUUAUAUCAUGUCCUUGUUUUUCCUUUUUAUUUAUUGUUCAGUUUAUCAAAGCUUUCAUUACAACAUUUAAUCCUUUGAGAUUUUGACAUUCCUAAUUUAUAACAUCUAGACAUGUAUCCUUAGCAUUAUUCCCUACAUGUUGUUAUACCUGCUGCAAACCACCCUUUAAAAAAAGAGGAAGAAACAUUAUCUCUUUCUAAAUUGAGGCUCCAUUAUGAAAAGUAAAAUACUGGGGCUAGUUUUUAAAUUUCAUUACAUACUGUACCUUUUCAGGAUAUACAUUCUAUUUGCAUUAAUGGUAUAUUAACCCAAAUAUAAGAUAAUAUUAUCUAAUAAUAUAUUUUUCAGCACUUCAAACUGCAUUUACUCUAAUGCAAUUUAUUUGAGACGACCUCGAAACUUGACAAUAUUAGUAGAUAAACUUUGUUUAAAAAAAAGUAUUGAUAGCUUCCAUCAUAUUUAAUUGAAAAAUAACUUAGAUUAGAAUUGUGUUUUUAGGGAAAAUAAACUUUCCACCUUAACUAAUACUACCUCAGUUAACUGAAUAAAUUGCUACUAAGGUGAAUCUCAAAUUUCUGCUUUUGUUGAAGAAUUGUGCUCAAGCAUUUGCAAGACAGAAGCUAUAGUAUAUCUAUGAUUAUUCAUGGAUGAUUUUUAUUAGCAUGCUUUAGUGUAGGUGUAAACUGAUAAAUGUGCAGAAGAAAAACUGAAACUGACAUAAUAGAAAUAGUAUCCUCAAUUUAAAAGAUUCUCAAAUUUUUAAAUGGUAUAACAGUAUUUUAUAUGUAAAACAAAAAUAAGCAAACUUGGUAGAGUAAGGGUAGGAUUCUGAAAAUGGGCCAUAUUUUUUCAGAUAUCCAUAGGUUAUAUUUUCCAACAUAAAGCAUGAGUGUUCGUUUAAGAAUGGAAGCAGAAAGAAAUAUUGUUAGCUUAUUUUAAAAAUGUGGAUAAGUAAUUUGUAAUAUAGGUAGUCCUUGACUUACUACCACAACCGAGCCCAACAUUUCUGUUGCUAAAUCAGACAUUUGUUAAGUGAUUUAUGCCCUAUUUUUGCAGUAGCACUUAGACUUAUAUACUGCUUCAUCAUGCUUUACAGCACUCUCUAAGCAGUUUACAGAGUCAGCCUAUUGCCUCCAACAAUCUGGGUCCUCAUUUUACUGAUCUUGGAAGGAUGGAUGACUGAGUCAACCUUGAGCUGGGGAGAAUUGAACUGCUGGCAGUCAGCUGAAUUAGCCUGCAAUACUGCAUUCUAACCACUGCGCCACCAUGGCUCUUUUUUUACAAACUUUCUUAACACAGUUGUCAAGUGAAUCACUGCAGUUACUAAGCUAGUAACACGGUUGUUAAGUGAAUCUGGCUUCUCCAUUGACUUUGCUUGUCAAAAGGUUGUCAUAAAUAUGAACUAGUUGCCAAGCGGCCAAAUUUUGAUCACAUGACCAUGGGAACGCUGCAGUGGUCAUAAGUGUGAAAAACAGUCAUAGGUCACUUUUAUAGGUCAUAAGUCACUGACCCAUUGUAGCUUUGAACAGUCACUAUAUGAAUUGCAAGUCGAGGACUGCCUGUAUAAAUAAAUGCAUUUAAAAUUUUUGUAUGUUGAUGUCUAAUAUUUAAAGACUUGCCAUAUUCUGGGAAUCUCAUUUGAAAUGAACUGUUCUGGAACUGAUAAGUGUUGAAGAGGAGUGGACUUUCAAAAUACCAGCAUAAAUAGCUGUUUUUCCAAGCACAACAACUUUUUCACAAACUGGGUCAAUAAACUGGAUUACUUGAGUUAAGUAAUACGUUACUUAUUAAGGAAAGACACAGAGUUCUAUAGGAUAUCUCCAGAGAGAGCGUGCAAGUCCUACAUGUGAGUAUGGGUACUAGUGUCAAACUGGAAGCUUCUUACUGUGGUUAUAAAUGAGCAGUCAUCAUGUGUCAAGGGGGGGAUUAUUGCAAUAACUUGUAUAUUUGUGAAUAAACUAAUACUAAAAUA